CACUAGUGAUAUGAUAUGUUAUCAUAGAGUUCAAUGCGUGUGAAAUGGGAAUGAAUUCACGAACGACACAAACCACAAUUAUCAUAGCGUAUAACUCAAGUAACGAUUCACGAUUUUUUUUCAAUAUUAAAAAUAUCGAAUCUCAUAUUUUUGGUUCAUAUUAUAGAAAUUAUCUAAUUAGUGGUAAUAUCGAGAAAAUGGAUUAUAAAGAAGAACAACAAAACGAAAUCGAUGCUUUGGACUCAAUAUAUUGUGGUGAAAUGACAGGUAAGCAUAAAUAUUUAUAAUACUUAUAAUAUGUAAAUACUGUUAGAUGUAUUAAUUUAAGUUAUUUAUUUUUAGUAUUAGGUACAGAUCCUUAUUAUCAAUUCGAAAUCCCAGUUAAAUCAGAUGAAUUUGACAGUGAUCUACAUGAUAUUGGACUUUCAUGUUGUUUAAAAUUUGAAUAUGUUGAAAAAUAUCCUGAUGACCCACCUAUUGUAGAAAUUGAAGAUGUAGUUGGUUUUGAAGAUCAAGAAUAUGAACUUAAAGAAUAUUUAAUUGAACAAGUAAUUAUCAUCAUAGUUCAAUUAAUAAAUAAAUAAUUAUUAAUUAGGUAUCUAUUACUAAUCAUUGAUAGAUAUGAAUUAUUUAUGAAUACAUAUUUAGGCUAAAGACAAUGUUGGUAUGGUAAUGAUAUUUACUUUAGUAUCAGCUGCACAAGAAUGGAUGAACAACUAUUCAGAUAGUGAAAAACAAAGAAAACAAGACGAUGAUGAUAAAAGACGCGAAAAAGAAAUGGAAGCUGAACUAGUUAGUAAUAAUUAUUUGUUUAUUUAAUUUGUACUAGUUGUUAAUUUAAUAAUUUAAAUGACAUUAAAGUCUUGUUUAAUAAAUACUUAUAUAUUUAUAACUUGCCUAGAAACGAUUUGAAGGUACUAAAGUUACAGUUGAAUCAUUUUUACGCUGGAAAUUUAACUUUGAAGAAGACAUGGGACUUUUAAAAAAACGAAAUGAAGAUGAAAAAAACAAGAAACUUACUGGCCGUGAAUUAUUUAUGACUGAUAACUCUCUAAAUGAAUCAGAUUUAAAGUUCUUAGAAGAAGGUUUGUUUAUCUUUUUUAAAAUUAUAAAAAAUUAAUCGUAUCAAGUUGUUUUUUGUAAUACACACUAGAAAGAACUUAAAUAUUUAACCUAUUUACUUACAGAUAUAAUUUUUUGAAAAUAUUAGUAUUUUAAAAUUAUAAAAUUACAUUCUUAAUUUGAAUAAAAAAAAAAAAAAAACAGGUAAUUUAUAUUUGUGAAGCAAUAUAGUCGAAAUAUUUUUGUAUUAGAAUAAAAAAUAAUAUAUCAUAUAUACACAUACAAUAUUGUUACAUAUAUGGAUAUAAUCUAAUAAUAUAUUUAUUAACAAACCCUUCAUAUAGCUAUUUCCUUUAAGUAAAAACUUGUUGUGGGACCAGGGAGCUCACAAUUAGUUUGUAAAAUUGUUUAAUAAAUAGCUAAAGUAAGUAAAGUAGAAAAAAAGAUAUAGAAUUUACGUAAAUUUAAAAUAUUUAUUUCAGUUGUAUUAAAUAAUAAUUACAUAUUUUACAUUCUGAGUGGAGCGAAGAAGUUUAUGGUUUUAUAAAGAUGUUUAUUUUUUUUUUAUUUUUGGACAACUUUUCUACUAGAGAACUUUCUCUGAUUUUCACGUGUAGCACCUUUUCUGGAAUGAAAUUUAUGUGUGGAGGUACUUUAGGAAGCUUCGAUUUUCUCAAGAAUUUUCUCGUCAAAUGCGAAAAACUAGACUAAUAAAAACAGGAAAAUGUACCAAGUAUAUUAGUAUAUUAUUACAAUUUUAUUUUUCUGUGGACAAUUUUUCUACGAGCAAUUUUCCUCCAAUUUAUAAUGAUAGCAAUGUUUCUAAAAGGAAACUUGACUGGGAAGGUGCUACAGAAAGGUAAUUUUUCGGUUUUCUUAACAAAUAUGAAAAACCAGAGGGAAAAUGUAGGAAAAUCAGUACAGUAAACAAAUAUUAUUAAAGUUAAUGUAUUAUGCCUAUUUAAUUAUUUUAUCAUAAUAUGACAUAUAUAUUGUUGACAAAGCAUCACUAUCAACUGAACACCAUUCAGAAUCGUUUUUUCGUUGGCAAUGGUUAAUCGGUGCUAACAUAUAUACAUUAAAUUAUCUAUAAAAAUGGCUGCACCCAUUCCAAUUAUCCUAAGAUAGGUCUUUUAUAAUAUGUAUAUGCUUAUAAAUUAUAAAUAGUUUCUUAUAAAAAUAAAGUAGCAUAUGCCUAUCAAAACACCACUAAUAUCAUAGACUUGUUAACCUAUUAACUGAUUUUUUCUCACUCCCCCAAAAAUAAUAGAUUGUAUAGUAUCUAUUACCCUAUUAUUAUUAUUUUUUUUUUUUUGUAGUUUGUCUUUCCCACUCAUUUGAUAUCCUCUUAUAUUUUUUGUGUCCAAGGUCUGACAAUUUAUUACCACAUUUUUAUGCAGCACUCUGUUUUGUGUAAUGUGCUUUUUUUUCAUUUAUUUAAUGAAGUUAAAAAUUAUAUAAAUAAGAAUCCUUAAUCAGAUUUAUUAUUAUUCACUUUUAAGUAUUUGUUGUGUUUUCAAAUUAAAUAUUUUUAUUUUUAUUUAGGAGAUUUGGUGAAAGUUGAUGAAUCAUUGUUUGAAGAAAUUGAAGGUCUGGAUAUAGCUGAUGCUGGAAGUUCUGAUGAAAGUUAAAAAAUGUUGUAUUUAUUUAAACUAUUUAUAGAAACCAUGUUGUAAAUAUAAAAUGGAGAUAUGAAGGUACUAUUUUAUUUUAAAAUUUAAUGUGUUUAAAAUUGUAAACAUAAAUUUAUAAAUAUUUUUAUAUGCAAUGUAUGACACUAUCAAACGUCUUAAAUAAUAUAAAUAAAAUACAA